UUUGUGGACGACGGGAGAGCGGAAAGUACACGUCGCGUUUUUCCGACGGAGUCCGAAACGCAAUCGGCGACCUCGCGCCGUAUCUGCGGUCGCUCGUACUGUUGCGGUUUUGCUUAUCGCGGCGGAGCAGCCGUCGGGCCUCGUCGCUUUCCCGGCCGGUUAAUGAUUGGCGUGGGGGGGGGGGGGGGGGAGGUAUCCGGCGCCAUCGUUCGGACAUGAAGAGGCGCGCGCUGGGCUGCUUCCUGGCGUUCCUGUUUUGGGGCUCGGGGACCGUCGGGGGCCCCCGCCCCGACGCGACGGACCAGGAGCUGUUCUGGGGCGCCGACCAGUACCACUUGGCCGUGGUUCUGCCCGCUGCCGGGAUGGACUGCUUCUGGCACUUCGCCCACCGGGGCGAGAAGUUCUACCUCAGCUUCACGGCCCAGUGGGUGACGGGCGUGGGCCACGACCGCCACCUGUCCGUCACGCUCAACGCGCCCAGCGGCCUGCUGCUCUCCACCGUGGACGACGCCCACGGUCAAGUGGACCUGGACGCCCGCGAGACCGGCUUCUACCAGAUGUGUUUCAGCAACUUCCACAACCGCUUCGGCAGCAUGCAGGUCGCCCUCAGCUUCGGGGUUUACUACGACCGCCCCCCCGAAAAAGAGCAACCGCCAGACGCCUCCGCCCGGAAACUCAACGACACGCUGAGCGUCAUCGAGGCGUCGACGCGGCGCCUGGAGAACGCCGUCUUCCACAUGUUUCGUCACUACAACCACGGCCGCGUGCGCCGCGGGGCCGACGACUUCCUGCUGACGUCCGAGCGGGGUCGCGUCGGCCGCUGGUCGGCCGCCCUGGCCGUCCUCGUGGUGCUGGCGGGAUACCUGCAGCUGCGUUUCCUCCAGAGGCUCUUCGGACCCGACGCCGACGCCCGGCCGCGCCCGUGCUGAACGCUUGUUUUUCUUUUUCCUUUUCACUCCCUGUAGUAGAGCACGGCAAUAAAGUCGCAUUUGAAACGUU